AGAAGAGGCGGGACACCAGGAGAGAACUACUAGGACGACUGUUGAAGAACAAGAUGUUGAGCAGCAGAAUGAAGGGCAAGUAGAGAAGAGUUCUUCGCCACCGCACUCAGCUGCACAACUGCAGUCCUCUUUUGUUGGGAUCAAAGUGGCGGCUGAUGCUGCGGAACAGUUAAGACUUUUUGUUCGACAAAUGAUCCAAACGAGAAACUACCAUCUACUUCUGUUGUUUGGACCUCAAAAGCAUCUGCUUGUUCGUUUUCCUAGACGCUGAGUAUGUUGAGUAAGCACUUGGUACUAUCUUUGCUUCAUAAUUUCUACUCGCUCGUAUGGAUGACGCUGAAAAAAACAUGCAGGCGCGGAGCCGGAGCCGCCGGUUGAUAAUUACAACUGCGUUAGUUUAAGUUGUUGUUUAAUUAAAUCAGAUCGUUAUUCUUAAGAUGGAUAUGUCUUCUAAGUCGACAAGAUGGUGGACAACUAGGCACAACAGGAGCACAACUAAGCACAACUGCGAAAAAAGGCACAAGUGGAACAUUAAGCAAAACUGCCAGCGCUUCCAGCUCCGCGGAAGGCUUCUCCACCUCCAGAACAGCUUCUUCUAUUUCCUCCAGCUCCUCGGACGACGGCUCCACCCACAUUAAGGGUACUCAGGUUAAAGGUGUUCCUAUUGUCGUUUCUUUUGCCUCUCCUAAUGGAGAAAACAAAGAAUGACACCACAUUGGUCAUCAUCCUCGUUGUUCUCUCCAUGGAGAGAACGGGCUAAGCAACCACCAAAUUGGUCAUCAUCCUCGUUGUUCUCUCCAUGGAGAGAACGGGCUAAGCGACCACCAAAUUGGUCAUCAUCCUCGUCACCCCCUCCGGGGAUGUCAGACAGGACGUUACACCAAAACCCUGGUAGCGCUAACUCCAGCGAGGGUAGGAGGAACAAGCAAGGAAAAAUAGCAGCUAGCCCUCGCAAGAACAGCUUGAAGGAGCUGGUUCAAAAGAAGGUGCUGACGCCUCGCCAACAACUAAUUAAGGCUAGUACGGUACCAGGAGUUUCCCCUCAUCUAUCUCAGGUCGGUAGUCCGUCGUAGUCUCUGCAUCCAAAAUAAUAAUAAUAAUAAUAAUACUAAUAUUAUUGAUAAGGCCUUCCUCGUCCUGUUUCAGUUUCUAAUAGAAGUAACGCAGGACGAGGUGACUCUCUUGGAGAAAGAGAAGUUGUAGCCGCAGCAGCUAGUGUGUCCAAAGAUACAACGAGUCCAUCAACGGCUUCACCAGGACAAGAACCGUCCACGGCUUCACCACGAGGAGAUAGCGCCAGUAAUCUUAAGGCUACUUCUCUAGUACAACUUCCAACUUACUAUUCGAAUACCCACCAGAAUGAAGGAGUACAACUAUCGACCACACGAGUCGCCGUAGAAUGGAUCAUCAAGAAUGCGCUCUAGCUCUAAUGCUUCUGGUGCAGCAGCACCGUCAUCUUCUGGAUCUCCUGAUAGUAUGAAAGGAAAAAUAAGUGUCCUCAUCGUUAUUGAUUCUCAAGAUCCUAGGUGGCACUUUCAAAGUUGAGUGAGGCUGCCUCUUUUCUUGAGGAUGAGUACCCUUUUUCCUGUCAUAGAUGGCACACCCUCGUCAAGUUCGGAAGGACAAAAACCUCCACCCGGAGGAACUGAAGGAGCUGGCGCGGAGGAU